GUCCAGAAUUCGUGGACUCGCCCCCGCUCCGCCCCAGCUCACACGCCAAGUCCCAGUACAAAGCCUACGGAAUUUCCCCCCACCUCCAAUUCGAGUUGUCCGCUUCCAGUCAGUCGCCGCCGUCGCCGCUGAAACCGAAACUUGAAAAACCAGCUCGCCGGGGGUCCGGCCGAUUUACCCCAAAUUUCGCUGCUGCUGCUGCUGAUAGGAGGCCGCGGCGACCACCAUGGGCAACUGCUGCGCCACGCCGUCGACGACGGAGGAGAGCGGCAAGAGCCGCCAGAAGAAGCCGAAGCAGAAGGCGAACCCCUACAACGUGGCGUACAACCGCGGGGCGGCGCCGGCGGCGGCGCGCCCGGGCCUGGUGGUGCUGCGGGACCCGACGGGGCGGGACCUCGGCGCGCAGUACGAGCUGGGCGGCGAGCUGGGCCGCGGCGAGUUCGGCGUCACGUACCUGUGCACGGAGUCCGCCACGGGGGCGCGCUACGCGUGCAAGUCCAUCUCCAAGCGCAAGCUGCGCACGCCCGUGGACGUGGAGGACGUGCGCCGGGAGGUGGACAUCAUGCGCCACAUGCCGCCGCACCCCAACAUCGUCAGCCUCCGCGCCGCCUACGAGGACGAGGACGCCGUGCACCUCGUCAUGGAGCUCUGCGAGGGAGGCGAGCUCUUCGACAGGAUCGUCGCCCGGGGCCACUACACCGAGCGUGCCGCCGCCGCCGUCACGCGCACAAUCGUCGAGGUCGUCCAGAUGUGCCACAGGCAUGGCGUCAUGCACCGGGAUCUUAAACCAGAGAACUUUUUAUAUGCAAGCAAGAAGGAGAGUUCCCCUCUGAAAGCAAUCGAUUUUGGGCUGUCAGUGUUCUUCAGGCCUGGUGAGCGAUUUACUGAAAUCGUAGGCAGCCCAUACUACAUGGCUCCAGAGGUUCUAAAGCGAAACUAUGGCCCUGAAGUUGAUGUUUGGAGUGCUGGAGUGAUACUUUACAUACUUCUCUGUGGUGUACCACCAUUUUGGGCAGAAACUGAACAGGGAGUAGCACAGGCAAUUAUACGAUCUGUGGUAGAUUUCAAAAGAGAACCAUGGCCCAGAGUAUCUGAGCCUGCUAAAGAUCUUGUCAGGCGGAUGCUGGACCCAAAUCCAUUGACACGGUUUACUGCAGCACAAGUACUUGAGCAUCCAUGGUUACAUGACUCUAAAAAGAUGCCAGACAUUUCUCUUGGUGAUACUGUCCGAGCAAGACUGCAACAAUUUGCUGCGAUGAACAAGUUAAAGAAGAAAGCAUUAAGGGUGAUUGCCGAGCAUCUGUCAGUGGAGGAAGUAGCUGACAUAAAGCAAAUGUUUGAAAAGAUGGACGUGAGCAAGAAUGGCAAGCUAACAUUCGAGGAAUUCAAGGCGGGCCUUCGUAAACUGGGGAACCAAAUGCCUGAUUCAGAUCUUCAGAUAAUGAUGGAUGCCGCUGACAUCGAUAAAAACGGGACCCUAGAUUACGAGGAAUUCGUGACCGUGUCUGUUCAUGUGAGAAAAAUAGGCAACGAUGAGCACAUCCAAAAGGCCUUCACAUACUUCGACCGGAACAAGAGCGGGUACAUAGAGAUCGAAGAGCUUAGAGAGGCACUGGCUGAUGAACUGGAGGGAACCGAUGAAGACAUCAUCAAUGGCAUCAUCCGAGACGUGGACACGGAUAAGGACGGGAAAAUAAGCUACGACGAGUUCGCGGCGAUGAUGAAGGCCGGCACUGACUGGAGGAAGGCAUCACGGCAGUACUCGAGGCAGCGGUUCAGCAACCUGAGCCUGAAGCUUCAGAAGGACGGGUCCCUCGGCGCCGAGACACGGUAGGCGGGGGCCGGCCACCGCCUACCGCCACCCGACGGAGAAGUGAUCCGAGUGUUCGUCGAGCUGUAGUCAGGUGAUUCGAUUCCACGCACGUUCCAAUUUUACACGGUGAAUCUUCAGUCGAGCUUGUAGUUCUUGGGUUUGUGAUUGUAAAGAUGGUGGUUGUGCCCGUACGUACUGUAGAUGCAGCAGCGUGUACCUACACAAUUUACAGAGAAAAUGCAUGCUGGAGUAGCACAAGUAGUCUUGCUUUGUAGUAACUUGUAAUUAGAAUUUGUUUGUAUGAUAUGCGAUAUUAUGAUGGUUGUCGGCGGCACAGCUCCGUGAAUGCCUACAAGUAGGGGUGAC